AUGGAGUUUCUGAUAAAAUUUGCCCAGGCACAUGAGACCUUUCGAGUUCCCGAGAUCGAAGCCCUGGCUCUGGUUGAAGGCCUGGAAAUGAAAAUAGUCGACUAUAGUCAAGAUUCCCCCUUUUGUAUCGUUCAACUGAAUUCAGUAGAAUCUGCUCAACGUCUGGCCAAGAGAUCCAUUCUCAUUCAAUCCAUCCAUGAGCUCUGGGGUAAAGGAAGUACCCUGGACGAGCUACAUGAAUCAGUCAAGACAAAUACAUCGCACAUCUGGGAUAGCUACCUGGGAAAGUCUUUUAAGUUUGAUGUCGAUCCUUACCAAGGAACUCGUUCUGCUAAGAAGCGAAUCGAACUCAUCAACUCGUUUCGAUUCCUGGGCUGGACCGGGCCUGUCAAGAUGACCAACCCCGAUAACUUGUUUACAAUCUUCGAAAUGUGGCCGUAUGACAGCGUGCCCCUGAAUCUUCCUGACCCUACGAUGAUGUAUCUUGCUCGCCAUGUCGGAAACUCCUCACGCGAUAUUCUGGUUCGUUUCGACUUGAAGAAGAGAGGAUAUAUCUCUACGACAAGUAUGGAUUCUGAGCUUGCACUAGUUACGGCAAACAUCGCCCUUGCUGCUCCCGGCAAGCUGUUCUACGACCCAUUCGUCGGGACUGGGUCCUUUCCCAUUGCAUGUGCUCACUUUGGUGCUCUCGCUUUUGGAAGCGAUAUCGAUGGUCGUAGCAUGCGUGGCGAGGGCGGAAAGAAGAGUCUUAAGGGGAACUUUGACCAAUAUGGCAUUGGAUCUUGCUUGGGAGAUGUAUUUUCUGCAGACCUGACCAACACACCUAUUAGGAGACACCGCAGGACAUGGGACGGAAUUGUUUGUGAUCCGCCCUAUGGUGUUCGAGAAGGAUUGAGGGUGCUUGGCCUUCGCGAUCCUGAGAAGACGCCUUGGCUGAUAGAACAAGGGAAGCAACACGGAAUGAAACCAACCUACGUACCACCCAAAAAGCCAUAUAGCUUCAUGGUGAUGCUCGAUGAUAUUCUUAACUUUGCAGCCAACACUCUUGUCGACGAUGGACGGUUAUCGUUCUGGAUGCCAACCGCCAACGAUGAAGACCAGGAGAUCCCUGUCCCUACACAUCCUUACAUGGAAGUGGUAGUGGUUUGUACCCAACCCUUCAACAAGUGGUCGAGGAGACUCAUUACUUAUCGUCGACUUCCUGACUCACAAGUGCCGCAAUCGGCCCUCGAGACUUAUGCAAACCGACAAAAGCUCACAUUGGAUGGGACAUCGGCAGAUGAACUCAACCCGUUUCGACGUGGAUAUUUCAAGAAGUUCGAGACAGAGGAAUAG